AUAGGAGACAUUGAAGAAAAGACAAAAUAAGGUUUGUAGCCUCAUGCCGCUGACUAAUAGAGUAAGACUCGGAGGAACCUUUCUCCUUCGUAGCUCAAUCAUCCCAUUCAAAGAGAAUGACUCUUGUGGCCACACUUUCACUCCUCAAAUAUAUAUCCUUCUAUCAAGUAUAUUCAUCCAUUAUAAACAACCAUGGCGGAGUCUGUCAACGUUGAUACUUUUCAGCUUGAUGCUAUCACGCCUAUUCCCCUCAAUCGACCACACGAGGACCACAUCGAGUCACCAAUUCACCUUCCUGCCGCUGAGGUUGAACAAGGACAAGGAGAUGUCACUGUUGCUCGUAGCAAAGUUCGGAUCACGAUGACCCUUAUCGCAUGCUACUUGUCACUCUUCGUCGCUGCUCUCGACGAUACUAUCGUAGCUACUGCCGUGCCGACCAUUGCCUCAGAGCUGCACUCUCCUUCUGGCUACGCCUGGAUUGGCGGUGCCUACCUGAUUGCUGCUGCAGCAGGGACUCCAAUAUGGGCAAAGUUGUCAGACAUUUGGGGUCGCAAGAUCGUGUUCUUAGCUGCCGUUGCCUGGUUUCUGUGCGGCAGUGUCCUUUGCGCGGCAGCGGUUGACAUGACCAUGCUUAUUGUAGGCCGGGCCGUUCAAGGUGCAGCGGGUGGAGGAAUCUUCAUGAUGGUCGAUAUUGUCAUUAGCGACAUCUUCAGCAUGAGACGACGAAGUUUGUUUCUUGGAUUAUGUGAAGCUAUAUGGGUAAUCGCGGGGGCGAUAGGGCCCGUACUUGGUGGUGUUCUGACGGAUUAUGCGUCCUGGAGAUGGUGCUGGUGGAUUAAUCUUCCCUGCUGCGGCCUUUCUCUCAUUUUUCUCGCAUUGUUCUUGGACGUUCACAAUCCCAAGACGCCACUCGUGGAUGGUAUUAAAGCAAUCGACUGGGCUGGAACAGUGAGCAUCCUUGCAGUCACCAUCAUGGUGCUGUUGGGACUCGAUUUUGGUGGCAACACGUUCGCUUGGACAUCACCCAAGGUCAUCUGUCUGAUCGUCUUUGGUGUAUUUUGCAGCAUCCUCUUCAUUUAUAGCGAGAGAAGACUUGCGAAGUACCCUCUGAUACCCUUGAAGUUGUUUACCCAGCCAUCCAAUGUCGCCAUUCUUCUAGUGGUCUUCUUUCAUGCGGUCUCGUUUGUCGGUCCCGAGUAUUACCUGCCUCUUUACUUUCAGUCUGUCAAAGAGGCUUCGGCUUUGAAAUCAGGCACGCUAUUAGUUCCGCUAUUCGUUACCAUAUCGCUCACAAAUAUUUCAUCCGGUCUCUUCAUCCAUCGGACAGGACGGUACAGAGAACUCAUCUGGUUGGGGCCUGUCAUUCUCACUCUUGGAACCGGACUUUACAUUUUCUUGAACUCGACCACCUCAACUGGACAUAUAACCGCUUUUGAAGUGGUCGUCGGUUUAGGCAGUGGCUUACUGACCAUGGCUCCAAUGGUGGCGCUGCAAGCCACGUGUGCCCAAGAAGAUGUUGGGACAGCGACUUCCUCUUUCGCAUUUAUCCGCUCUGUCGGUCUGGCUAUCUCAGUUGUCCUGGGUGGAGUAGUCUUCCAAGAUUCGAUGGAUACCCAAGCCUCUAAUCUUCGUGCUGCUGGAAUUUCCGCCAAUAUCACGGGGCUACUCUCAGGCAAAAAUGCAGCAGCGAAUGCUAUGAUCACACACACUUUGACCGAUCCAGUCCAAAACAGAGCUGUUAAAGAUGCGUUCGCGGUCAGUUUACGGAACUUGUGGAUCAUGUAUACAUGCUUCUCAUUCUGUGGCAUUAUUGCCACUUUGUUUGUCGCGAAAGCGGUUCUGUCAAAGGAACAUAGCGAGACUAUCACUGGGCUCAAGGAAAAGAAGGAACAAAUAACGCGAGCCACCUAGUUAAGAGAUUACCAACAUUUGAUGGCAUCAAACAAUCAAUGCUUCGAAUAUUGAAGUC